AGCCGCUUCUGACGCGUUCUGCGCAGAGGGCAAAGUUGCGAGCGGAUGCUGCUGGCGCCGGACCCCAGACGCGGACAGUCGGAUCCGCCCCCGCCGGAGGAGGCUUGGCGGCAAGGGACGAGCGUGUCCCCCACCUGAAGACGACGAGCCAGGUCCUGAGUGAUGCUCCUGAGCUGAGGGCCCAUGGCCCCACCCUUCCCCAUGGAGAAAGGACUCGCUUUACCCCAGGACUGCCGGGACUUUCUGCACAGCCUGAGGAUGAGGAGCAAAUAUGCCCUUUUCCUGGCUUUUGUGGUGGUGGUUUUUGUCUUCAUUGAAAAGGAAAAUAAAAUCAUAUCAAGGGUGUCAGACAAGCUGAAGCAGAUCCCACAGCCCCUGGUAGAUGCCAACGGCACCGACCCAGCCCUGUUCUUGGCCGACAAUGCGUCCCUCUUGUCCCUGAGUGAGCUCGAUUCGGCCUUCACCCAGCUGCAGGGUCGCCUGCGAAACCUCAGUCUGCAGCUGGGUGUCGAGGCAGCAGGGGAGGCCGGGGCGGAGGCAGAGGCCGGGGCCGGGGAAGAGGCGCCACCGUCACCCCCGGGGGCCCCGCCGCCGCGGCGCCACGUGCUCCUCAUGGCCACCACCCGCACCGGCUCCUCGUUCGUGGGCGAGUUCUUCAACCAGCAGGGCAACAUCUUCUACCUCUUCGAGCCGCUGUGGCACAUCGAGCGCACGGUGUCCUUCGAGUCGGGAGGCGCCAGCGCCGCCGGCUCGGCCCUGGUCUACCGCGACGUGCUCAAGCAGCUGUUCCUGUGCGACCUGUACGUGCUGGAGCACUUCAUCAGCCCCCUGCCCGAGGACCACCUGACCCAGUUCAUGUUCCGCCGCGGCUCCAGCCGCUCGCUGUGCGAGGAGCCCGUGUGCACGCCCUUGGUCAAGAAGGGCUUCGAGAAGUAUCACUGCAAGAACCGCCGCUGCGGGCCGCUCAACGUGACGCUGGCCGCCGAGGCCUGCCGCCGCAAGGAGCACAUGGCCCUCAAGGCCGUGCGCAUCCGGCAGCUGGAGUUCCUGCAGCCGCUGGCCGAGGACCCCCGGCUGGACCUGCGCGUCAUCCAGCUGGUGCGGGACCCGCGGGCCGUGCUGGCCUCCCGCAUGGUGGCCUUCGCCGGCAAGUACGAGGGCUGGAAGAAGUGGCUGGCCGAGGGGCAGGCGCGGCUGGGGGAGGAGGAGGUGCAGCGGCUGCGGGGCAACUGCGAGAGCAUCCGGCUGUCGGCUGAGCUGGGCCUGCGGCAGCCCGCCUGGCUGCGCGGCCGCUACAUGCUGGUGCGCUAUGAGGACGUGGCGCGCUGGCCGCUGCGCAAGGCGCGCGAGAUGUACCGCUUCGCCGGCAUCCCCCUGACGGCGCAGGUGGAGGACUGGAUCCAGAGGAACACGCAGGCGGCCCAGGACGGCAGCGGCAUCUACUCCACGCAGAAGAACUCCUCGGAGCAGUUCGAGAAGUGGCGCUUCAGCAUGCCCUUCAAGCUGGCGCAGGUGGUGCAGGCCGCCUGCGGCCCCGCCAUGCACCUCUUCGGCUACCGGCUGGCCCGGGACGCCGCCGCCCUCACCAACCGCUCCGUCAGCCUGCUGGAGGAGCGCGGAACCUUCUGGGUCACGUAGGCGGCCCC